AUGGAUAUUGCCAUUCAGCACCCCUGGUUCAGACGCGCCCUGGGCUCCGUCUACCCUGCCAGACUCUUUGACCAGUUCUUUGGAGAGGGCAUGUUUGACUACGACCUCUUCCCCUACACCGCCUCCACCAUCAGCCCCUACUACAGACAGUCACUGUUCCGCAACUUCCUGGACUCGUCCAACUCUGGCAUCUCUGAGGUGAGGUCUGACAGGGAUAAGUUCACAGUCUACCUGGACGUUAAGCACUUCUCACCUGAUGAGCUUAGUGUGAAGGUCACUGACGACUACGUGGAGAUCCAGGGAAAGCAUGGAGAGAGACAGGACGACCACGGUUACAUCUCUCGCGAGUUUCAUCGCCGCUACCGCCUCCCCUCCAGCGUCGACCAAUCAGCGAUCACCUGCUGUCUGUCAACUGAUGGCCUGUUGACUAUGACUGGGCCAAAGGUCACCGGGGGUAGUGAGUCCAGCCGUGGCGAGCGCAGUAUCCCCGUCACCCGUGAUGAUAAGCCCAAUGCCGCUGCAUCCUCUUAG